CGUCGAGCAAAGCCCGUCCACGUCCUCAACAAACAUCCUCCACCGCCUUUUCCUCACCGUUCACGACGACGGCGACGACAUAACCUCAUAGGAACUAUGCUCCCCCGACACCUCCGCCGCGCCAUCCCCGCUCCCGCUGCUUUUCGUAUAGCAGCCAACCGCACCACUGGCACCUCCAACGCGCUCCGAUUACCCCGCUCAGCUGGUGCUAGUGCCGUCCCUUCGAGUUCACACAUCCAACAGUCUUCGGGUUUCCACUCUUCUGCGCGUCGGAAUGACGAGCUUCCGAAGUCUCCGUUCCAGACGUUCGUGGAGGUGCUGAAGGACGAGUUGAAGAAGAACAGGGAGUUACAGGAUAAUGUGAAGCAGCUACAGGGAGACGUGGAUAAGUUCCAGGACUCGGAGGCUAUGAAGAAGGCGAAGGCGGCUUAUGAGCGUGCGAGGUUGACGUCGAGUAUCAAGGAGAACCCACGGUUGCGAGCGGCCGCGGAGGAGUUGAAGAAGACAGGUAUGAAAGUUGGAGAUGCGGUCGGAGAGGCUCUUAAGUCUAUGGAGGAGUCUGAUCUUGCUCGUGCCAUCUCACGAGCCUCCGCCGCCGUGUCCUCUACCAUUGCAUCUACAACAGAACCCAUACGGAACACUGCGGCCUACAAAACUCUCGCAGAGACCCUCGUAGACGCACUAGACGAUUCAGGGACUGCAAAACAUGCUGGGUUCGAGGAAAAGGAGGCACGGCGGAAAAGACGCGCUUUGCGGUUAGCAAAAGCUGGGCAGUCAGGCCGGAUAAAACAGAGGGUGGCUGCUAAUGCCGAAGCCGGACAAGCACUCGUCCUCCACGCCAACUCACCGCGUCAAGAACGCUGGCAACAAAUAAAAGAAACGAACCCGGUCCUUCGUUACUUCUCCGAGCUCAACCAGCAGUAUCAAGAUUCAGAACACCCUGUGGUUUCCUCCAUGCGCUCGGUGACGUCUACUAUUGCGAGCUGGUUCGAUGAGAACGAGACGGCGCAGGUGAUGCGGAUGAUGAAGGCUCUGGAUCCGACGUUCACUAUGGAGGGCUUCGAGAGGGAGUUGAGGGAGUAUAUUGUGCCGGAGGUGGUAGAUGCGUAUUUGAGUGCGGACCAGGAGUCAUUGAGGGCUUGGUGUGGCGAGGCCACAUAUAACGUCCUGUGGGCCACAAUGGAGCAAUAUCUCCGCCAAGGCCUCGUGUCCGACUCUAAGGUCCUCGAUAUCCGUCAAGUCGAUGUCUCGUCGGGCAAGAUUCUCGAUAACAAUGUUCCCGUGUUCGUAAUCACGUUCGCCACGCAGGAGGUCCUGAUGUUCAAAAACGCAAAGACAGGGGAAGUAGUGGUAGGUGCAGAGAACAGGGUGGAGCAGUGUAUGUAUGCGGCGGUGAUUACGAAAAUUGAGGAGGACAUUGACGACGAGUUGACGGGCGGGUGGAAGGUUAUUGAGAUGGCCAGGAGAUCGGCACGCGCAUACCUAUAGACGCUUCGUUUCCAGAUUCAUCAUCCAAAAUACAUGGCGUUCGCCCCACACAGCCCUACCCCCUAUUUACCCUGCUCUCGCAUUCUUCACACCUCGCUGCGCCAACUACCCAUCAUCAGACUGCACCAGCAUCACCACC